UUCGAUCGGAAAAUGGCCCGGUUUCCUUUUGCUUGAGGUGUCGUUAUGAUUCCAAAAAACGACAUUAGCAUAACAUAAGUUCAUUGUGUCUAAAAGGUGUAGUGGAGAAUCUUGUUAAGUGUGGCCUCAGGGAAGAGUAGCUAUUACGACACUUAAUACCAGGCUUUUCAUUUACUGAGGCCAUCGAGGCGCUCGCAGCAGAAGUCUUCGUCACAAUUAUCGCCUGUCCUGUAAGGCUGUGUAAAAAAAGUAAACUUGUCAAAGAGGAUUUAAAACUGUUAAUUAGCUUGGUUUUCGACACUCCAUCAAUCACACGUCCCGCAGAACUCGUUUGUGGAAAUCAACCCCAGGACAUCAUUGGCUUAACAGUUAAUCUCCUAAUACAGACCCGAGGGACUCAGUAGACAAGCAGUAUUAUAACACAUCAUACACGUGCAAAUUAGUGAUAUGUACACACUGGAACUGUAGUCUGCAUAUUUAACAAAGACCCCUGACAGGGCCAGUGAUCAGUCACUCCAAAAGCCAGUAAUCUCUCGCCUAGAGUCAUCCAAGACCGGACGGCGGGUUUUCUAACUAACAGUGCGCGCGUAUAACACGGAAGGAGAGACACCGACUGUAGAUGAUCCGACACGAAGACACCAAGUUUAAAAAACUCUUUGUCGGAGGUAUUCCGUACGGUACAAACGAUGAAGCGCUACGGGAAUUUUUCUUGAAAUUCGGGGCAAUCAAGGAGGCUGUUGUGAUUCGAGACAGAAUCACUCAAGAGUCUAAAGGUUAUGGAUUUGUUACGUUUCAUGACAAAGAUUGCGCAGAAAAGGCGUGUGAAAACACGAAUCCCAUCAUUGAUGGUAGACGAGCGAAUGUCAACUUCGCCUAUCUCGGUGCCAAACCGAAACCUUUCAAAGGAAAUGGAAAGAAUGCCAUCGCCAGUCAGGGAUUUGUCUACAAACCGAAUACGAUAAUGGGGUCACAGCCAUUCCCUUCCAAUUUCACCAACGGCUUCUCGGCUGGUUUUCCCGGUCAACAGUUUCAAACAGUACCCUUGAUCUCGCCUGUACCUCAGUCACCAAACGGACAGAUUCCAUCCAUGCAGCCUUCGGUACAACCAGUACAACUUGUCGAAUACAAUGGCGUUCCAACAAUUGUCUUAGGCGCUGUUUACGACACGGUUUAUUACUCACCUCCUCCGUCUUACGUUCCGUCACCAACUCUCUCCGCCAAUUCGGUGGCGCCGUCCUUCACAUAUCAAACCAUAGCACCACCAACGCCACCGCUCAGCGCCCCUUCGUUACAGGGACAGCAUUUCUUUCCAACACACGUCGAACUAAUUGGACAACCACAAAUAUAAACUUGGUUCCUACUUAGAUGCAGCGACUUAAUGAAAAAAACUUCCUGGCUAUUUUGGGCAAAUAACUCAUACAUAGUAUUGAUACAUUACGUUAGUUGGUAGGCCGGUUUAAACAAGGAAAAAAAAAAAACAAAAACAUAAAAUCAUAGGAGUCCUGAUCAUUCUAAUGCUCGGACACUAGCAAUAUAACUCCCGGCAAGCAGUAGAGUUAGGGAUAUUAUAAACUAAGAAACAAGAAAUCAGAAAAAAGAUAUUUUAAAUCGAGUUUUCUAAUUUAUUAUCAGUUCUUAGCGAAAUAAGAACUUAAUAUUUUGCGAUCAAAUAGGAACUGUUUUAUUGCUGUAGAUUACAAUCAAAACAUGUAUACAGUUAUCAAGAGGAAAGCUAGCAAUUAAUUGUACAAAGAAACACAUCUCUAAGCAAAUUGCUCUAAAUUCAGGCUGCGUAGAUAGGAAGAUAGAAACUGUAGCAUAGAGCUGUGCAAGAAUGUAGCAGCAUAACCGAUGUAGAAAAACAGAAGCAAAUUGCACUGUUUAAAAGGCCAAAGAGUCUUAAUAAAUCACAAUCACUUAUUAAAAUAGAAAAGCAAAUAUACUUAUAAACCACA